AUGCCGGCCAGCGAUGAAGAAAUCGAGUUCGGCUCGCUCGGGGACCGUGCCGGCACGUCGGAGCUCGAGGCAGACGCUGUGCAGGAGCGGCUGCUGGGCGAAGGGCCUGGCACGCCAACGUCCGAGGCGCCCCAACACUACGGAAGCGCUGUCGCGCCCGUCCUGAGCUACUGUAUGGCGAGCAUCUCGAUGACGGUAAUCAACAAGUUUACUGUCUCGGGCGCAGGGUUUACGAUGAAUCUGCUCGUGCUUCUGUGUCAGUGCGCGGUCGGUAUUUUGAUGGUAUAUGCGGCGAAAAUGCUGGGAUAUAUCCAGCUGCGCGACCUGAAUAUGCGCGACGUCAAAGCAUGGUUUCCGAUCUCGACCAUGCUUGUGUUUGUGAUUUGGACGGGAAGCAAGGCACUCCAGUUUAUGGAUAUCCCUAUCUACACCAUCUUUAAAAACCUGACCAUCAUUUUGAUAGCAUACGGCGAAGUGCUGUGGUUCGACGGGCACAUUACACGGCUCGUUUUUAUCUCCUUCUUGCUCAUGGUGCUCUCCUCUUUCGUCGCUGCAUGGCCAGAUAUAGUGGGUGGAGAACCUGCAGCAGUCGUGCCGCACGCGCGCGCGCUCGCGACUGCGCAGGCUGCACAAGCUGCCGCGCCCGCCGCCCAGGGCUGGGCGCUGGGGCAGAACGGGUACUUGUGGAUGCUCACAAAUUGUCUCGUCAGUGCUGUGUUUGUGCUGGUGAUGCGCAAGCGCAUCAAGCUCACGGGCUUCAAGGACUGGGACACGAUGUUUUACAACAAUCUGCUCAGCAUUCCGGUGCUCCUGGUCAUGUCUCUGCUCCUCGAGAACUGGAGCGCCGAGACGCUCGAGCGCAACUUCCCCCACCAACGCCGCGGCAGUCUCAUCCUCGCCGUGGCCUUGUCAGGGACCGGCGGUGUGGCGAUCAGCUACACGACCGCGUGGUGCAUCCGCACGACCAGCAGCACGACAUACAGCAUGGUCGGUGCACUCAAUAAGCUCCCGCUCGCACUGAGCGGGAUGGUAUUUUUCGGGAACCGAGCCACGAUCUACAACUCGUUGGGCAUCGCAAUUGGGUUCUUGGCUGGGAUCGUGUAUGCCGUUGGGAAAAAUAAGCAGGCCGAAGCGGCACGGCUCGCGAAUACCGCCGCAACAGGGACCGCCACCGUGCACGCUGCAGGUGGCGGGCACGGAUCCGAUCCCAAGGGUGUCAUCCCAACACACACACGCGCCCACGUCCGCAAUGACUAA